UCUCAACUAAUCCUGGCCAGGUCUGACACAGAGAGCAACUGACGCAGUUCUGUCGCAGUUCUGAGUGCAAGCCACAACAGGAGGUUAGCAGCCAGGGCUGCUGUGCACUGAAAGAAGAAAGGUCAAUUUUGUUCAAUGUUAGUCCCAAUAGUUGGGAUGCAGCUGAUCAGAGAGGAUAGGUAUUUCUAUGUUGUGGAAUUCUGACUUUGUGCCAGCAUGUGGGAGAUCCCAUCCAGCGGCUCUCGUGUGGAGUUACAGCUUAGUCAAAGUUCCCUCUAACACCGUGUGUGGAUUGUUAUUUCUUCAAAGCUGGUUUAGCUCCAGAUUUUAAAGUGACUCAAGCAGAGUGGAAUGUUUUCCUUUGGGCUGGGAGACUGCAACACCCAAUGAGACUCCUGAGAGUUAAAAAUGUUGGUGCAGUCUGACAGGCCACUGUUCUCCCUGAACAGCAGUCCUCAGCGUAAGGCUGACUCUCUGUCAGGGGACCCGGGUGGCAGAGAGUUUUGGAGCAGUUAAUAAAUCUGCAGCAAGCGAAUCAGAUGGCUUCGGUCUCCUGGCUCCUUGUGAGCCUAAGCUGAACUCAGACGCAAUGGCAGCUGAUAAGACUGGCAACUCUGAGGGCACUGACAGAGAGCUGGCAAUGGACCACAGCAAAUUGGACCAUAAGAGUAUAUUGCAUGCAAAAACUGACCACGAUACAUUGAUGUGUCGCUGCUGUCGCUCGCCCAGUGAACAGGCUGCAGAUACUCAAACUACUGCCGUGCCUGAACAGGUAAAUAUUACUGGUGUUAUGCAGGUUAAAUUCAAGAGAAUGAUAGAAGUCCGGGUGGGACGCCUCCGGAAGGAGACCAAGCCCAGUGACGCUGUCAAUUUCUCCGGAAAGCUCUCGAGUGUGAUGGUUGAUUCCCCACUGAACUCCGUCAAUGACAGACCAAGACGUCCCAGGAGUAUCUGUGUCCCAGAAAACAAGAUUGGAUUAUUCCCAGAGUUGGACUCCCAGUCACUGGUGCCAGCUGUGAGGAGGAGAGGGAUUGAUCAUGAUCCAUUGUGUAAAGGAGAGCAUUCCCAGCACCACAAUGAAGCAGCAGUAGGAACUGUACAGCCUCGAGCAUGCAUUCUCUGGCCUGGGAAGAAGGAACUAUGUCGACCUCUUAGUAUGAGUUUCCUUGAGGCUACUAGAACUCCCUGCCAUGCUGGGGCUGAGGGACUAGACAGUGCAGUGGCUGAGCAGACUGCCACUGCCACCAGAUCUGACAGCACAAGCUUUUUGCAAACUGGCUAUCGAUGGUCUAGUCACCGAUUGGUUAGCUCAGCUGGGAAGGUAGUGAGUGCAAAAGACACAGCGAGUGAUCUCAAGACCCCAAACUCCAAAAUAUCCCUAAAAUCACUAAAAAGAAGCCUCAGCUUUCGGAUUAGGAGAGGAGAGAACAAGAAGGAGUGUGAGAGCAGCAGGAGCAGGACACUGAGUGUUGGAGAAUCCUUCCGACAAAGGCUGCAGUCACCUGUAAGUGGGAACUUGUCGUCCGCAGAGACACCAAACCAAGAGACGCCCAACUGGCUUAGGCAAGGUCAGAGUUAUCAGGUGCAUCUAUCAUCUCUUAUAAACACCUCCUCAGCUCCAACAGUGAAGCCAGCAUACUCACCGAAAGAAAACAUUGAGGAGAACAGCUGGUGGAAGUUUCUGACAGCUCAUUUUCGUAAAAAGGAUUCACGUGUGAACAAAAACUCCCGGAAAAAUGAUAGAUUGAGAUCUGAUUUGCAGAGGAAUGGCUGGACUUCACCGAGUGAGGAACAGAAUGUGGUUUCUUGUGGGAUCCUUGAAUCUUGCAACAUACCUGAUCCAUUUAUGGAGAUCCAUCAUCAUCCGUCCAGAAGUGAAAUGUCAUCACCAUCAUCAGAAGAUUCAUUUGUGAACAGCCAGGAGUGGACACUGAGCCGCUCUGUCCCAGAGCUGAAAGUGGGAAUCGUGGGAAAUCUGUCGAGUGGGAAGUCUGCUCUUGUUCACCGGUAUUUGACUGGAACCUAUGUGCAGGAGGAGUCCCCUGAAGGUGGCCGUUUUAAGAAGGAGAUUGUGGUUGAUGGUCAGAGCUACCUCCUGCUUAUCCGGGAUGAGGGAGGACCUCCAGAGGUGCAGUUUGCAACCUGGGUGGAUGCUGUGGUCUUUGUCUUCAGUCUUGAAGAUGAAAUCAGCUUUCAGACAGUUUACAAUUAUUACAUGCGGCUGUCCAGUUACCGUAAUACAGCUGAGAUUCCGAUGGUACUUGUGGGUACACAAGAUGCAAUCAGUGCAACGAACCCUCGGGUUAUCGAUGAUGCUCGAGCACGGAAGCUGUCCAACGACUUGAAGCGAUGCACGUACUAUGAGACAUGUGCCACGUAUGGACUGAAUGUAGAACGGGUCUUCCAAGAUGUGGCUCAGAAGAUUGUGGCAUUACGUAAGAAGCAGCAGUUAUCGAUUGGACCCUGCAAAUCACUGCCAAACUCUCCGAGUCAUUCCUCCGUUCCUAAUGCCUCCAUUCCAUCUGUGCACAUUAACCAGGCUGCUAAUGGAGGGGUUUUCAGUGACUAUUCCUCUUCAGUACCGUCCACACCCAGUAUGAGCCAGAAGGAAUUGCGAAUUGAAACAAUCGCUGCGUCCAGCACUCCCACCCCCAUCCGCAAACAAUCCAAGCGACGUUCCAACAUUUUCACAUCUCGAAAAGGCAGUGACACCGAUAAAGAAAAGAAAAGCAUAGAUGGUAAAACAGACAAUAUUGGGAGUGGACGAGCUAUCCCCAUCAAACAGGGGAUUCUCUUGAAGAGGAGUGGCAAGUCGCUGAACAAGGAAUGGAAGAAGAAGUAUGUGACACUCUGUGAUAAUGGUGUUUUGACCUACCAUCCCAGUUUACAUGAUUAUAUGCAGAAUGUUCAUGGUAAAGAAAUUGACCUGCUACGGACAACGGUUAAAGUGCCAGGCAAGAGGCCUCCACGGGCAACAGCCGGUAAUGCUCCAAGUGCCAGCCCCAAAACUAAUGGGCUCACCAAGGACAGGAGUAACCUGCAACUGGCUGCGAAUCCAGAUGGUGAGGAAUCUUACGAGUUUGUGAUUGUAUCAUUGACUGGACAAACGUGGCAUUUUGAGGCCUCGAACUCUGAGGAGAGGGAGUCAUGGGUGCUGGUGGUUGAGAGUCAGAUCUUUGCCAGUCUACAGUCGUGUGAAAGCAGCAAAAAUAAGUCUCGAUUGGGAAGCCAGAGUGACGCCAUCGCUAUCCAGUCAAUUCGGAACAUGCGAGGGAAUGGAUUCUGUGUUGACUGUGACACACCGAAUCCUGACUGGGCAAGUUUGAACCUUGGAGCCCUGAUCUGUAUAGAAUGCUCGGGAAUCCACCGGAACCUCGGUACACACUUGUCACGGGUUCGCUCCCUCGACCUGGAUGACUGGCCUGUUGAACUCAUCAUGGUGAUGACGGGAAUUGGGAAUGCCAUGGCCAACAGUGUGUGGGAGGACUCUACGCAGGGUCUGACUAAACCCAACCAAGACAGCAGCAGGGAGGAGAAGGAGCGCUGGGUCAGAGCCAAGUACGAACAGAAACUACUCCUGGCAGCCCUGCCCCAAUCAGACGUCCCCCUGGGACAGCAGCUGCUCCGAGCUGUGGUGGAGGAUGAUCUCCGGCUGGUUGUCCUGCUCCUUGCUCACGGAACCAAGGAGGAGGUGAACGAGACCUAUGGGGAUGGAGAUGGCCGGACUGCACUGCAUUUGUCCUGCGCCAUGGCCAAUGUAGUUAUAACUCAGCUUCUUAUAUGGUACGGAGUGGAUGUGAAGAAUCGGGAUGCUCGUGGACUGACACCGAUGGCGUAUGCUCGGCGAGCAGGAAGUCAGGAGUGUAUCGAGAUUCUCACACAGUAUGGCUGUCCCAGUGACAACUUCAUCCCCAUUCCAACCCCAAACCUAUCGCGCAGGAACACCAACGUUAAUAACAACUCACAGUCAGAGCUGAAUCGAAGUGCCAGCAUCAUCUAAUCUCCCGACAUUCAGAGGACACAGCUCCCAGCCAUUCCUUGUGUAUGUGUUCUCUCUCUCCCCCCAGCACUCUCCCCGUCUCAAACAGCAGACUGACGGACCUUCUGCUCACUGACCAUUGCUGCUCUGUGAAUGACCCAGUGUUACAGAGUGUUGCUUUCUUAAUUAUGAUGCGGUCUGAUACACAAUGCUCAAACCUGCAAUCGUGGUGAACAAGCUGAGGUGACCAAGGUGAAAGAGACACUGAGCCUGAUCCUGGAUGGAGACAGACUACAGGGCAGGACACAGCACCUGGCAACAUCAAAGGCAGAAUCAUGUUGUUACUGCAAAGCAGCUGCUCUAAGGAGAAUCAUUCCAUUUACUCAGAAACCAAGCACGCCACACUGAAUGGUAUAGGCUUCCUCGAGGACAGGGUAUAUGUAUGAGAGUGUGCGUUUCACACUACAUGCCGUCCGCAGGUUGUGAAAGGGCUGUGUUCUUGAGUUUGUUCAUGAAUCCAUUCGCAUGCAAAUCAGAGCACAAUACAGUACGAUAUAAGAAUCUUUAAAUUAAUAUCAAUAUACCCCUGUGUGGGACUGCGUGCGUAAGUACAAGUGUUCGUAAAUCAGAUGUUGGUAAACUGGAGACAACUUGUAGUGAAUGAGCUGUGCAUUGGUACACAUUGUGUGUGUGUGUGUGUGUGUGUGUGUGUGUGUGUGUGUGUGUGUGUGUGUGUGUGAGAGAGAGUGUGUGUGUGUAUCUGUGUGUGUGUGUAUGUGUGUGUAUGUGAGUGUGUGUGUGUGAGAGUGUGUGUGUGUGAGAGAAAGUGUGUGUGUGUAUCUGUGUGUAUGUGAGUGUGUCUGUGUGUAUGUGUGUGUGUGUGUGUGUGAGAGAGAGAGUGUGUGUGUGUGAGAGUGUGUGAGUGUGUGUGAGUGUGUAUCUGUGUGUAUGUGAGUGUAUGUGUGUGUGUGUGUGUGUGUGUGAGAGAGAGAGAGAGUGUGUGUGUGUCUGUGUGUGUGUGUAUGUGUGUCUGUGUGACUGUGUGUGUGUGUUUGUGUGUGUGUCUGUCUGUCUGUCUCAGUGUUAGCACCUGGAUGGUGUGUGUGUGUGUGGUGACACUAAUCAUGAAGUUCCUGUGUAUUUGUUACACUGAGUGUGCGAGUGUGUCAUACACUGAUGGGGAAUGCCCUGUGUGUAAUACUGGUGUGAAAUGUGGAUAACAAUUUGAUUUUGCCAGUUCCCCUUGUCUCUUGCAUUCCUGUUGUGUCUUGCUGUAUUUACUCUCCAGUACAGGUCUGUGCUGGGUUGCAGUUCCAAUGUUAUUGAUUGUCACUGGGCAAUGGGAACUUUUUUUGCUCUCCUUGUUCCUUCUUGUUUUUGAAUCAAGAAUGACAGGAAAAUUACUCCCAAGAUUGUGGUGAGUGGAGCAACUUCGGUUUCCUCUGGAUAGUGGGUGAACAGCACUUUGCACAGAAUUUCUUCUUCUAACUCCCCCUACCAAUCUCCUGUGAUGGAAAUGAGAAUGACCAUAAUCACUGGAGAAAAGCUUGGGAUCAGGCUGCCCUGAAAUCAGGGUUUUAAUUAACAGAACAGGAACUGGAUGCUGUUUGAAAUGGGAUAUUGUAGACAGGCUUCAUUUCCAAAGGGCCUGGAGUCUGUCCAAGGGAACCAGUCAGUAUGGACAGGCCCUGGGGUCAGUGCUGGAGGGGUGGUCAGUGUGGACAGGCCCUGGGGUCUGUGCUGGAGGAAUGGUCAGUGUGGAGAGGGCCUGGAAUCUGUCCUGGAGGAGUAGUCAGUGUGGACAGGGCCUGGGGUCUGUCCUGGAGAAGUGGUCACUGUGAACAGGGCCUAAGGUCUGUGCUUGAGGAGUGGUCAGUGUCAACAGUGCCUGGGAUCUGUGCUGGAGGAGUGAUCAGCAUGGACAGGCCCUGGGGACUGUGCUGGAGGAGUGGUCAGUGUGGACAGGCCCUGGGGACUGUUGUGGAGGAGUGGUCAGUGUGGACAGGCCCUGGGGACUGUGCUGGAGGAGUGGUCAGUGUGGACAGGCCCUGGGGUCUGUGCUGGAGGAAUGGUCAGUGUGGACAGGCCCUGGGGUUUGUGCUGGAGGAUGGUCAGUGUGGACAGGCCCCUGGGGUCUGUGCUGGAGGAGUGGUCAGUGUGGACAGGCCCUGGGGUCUGUGCUGGAGGAUGGUCAGUGUGGACAGGCCCCUGGGGUCUGUGCUGGAGGAGUGGUCAGUAUGGACAGGCCCUGGGGUCUGUGCUGGAGGAGUGGUCAGUCUGGACAGGCCCUGGGCCUGUGCUGGAGGAGUGGUCAGUGUGGACAGGCCCUAGGGUCUGUGCUGGAGGAGUGGUCAGUGCGAACAGUGUCGGGGGUCUGCCCUGGAGGAGUGGUCAGUGUGGACAGGGCCUGGAAUCUGUCCCGGAGGAAUGGUGAGUGUGGACAGGGUCUGGGGUCUGUCCUGGAUGAGUGGUCAGUGUGAACAGAGCCUGGGCACUGUGCUGGAGGAGUGGUCAGUGUGAACAGGGCCUGUGGACUGUCCUGGAGAAGUGGUCAGUGUGAACAGGGCCUAAGGUCUGUCCUGGAGGAGUGGUCAGUGUGAAAAGGCCCUGGGGUGGGUGCUGGAGGAGUGGUCAGUGUGAAUAGGGCCUAAGGUCUGUCCUGGAGGAGUGAUCAGUGUAAACAGGCCCUGGGGACUGUGUUGGAGGAGUGGUCAGUGUGAACAGGGCCUGGGGACUGUGCUGGAGGAGUGGUCAGUGUGGACAGGCCCUGCGGUCUGUGCUAGAGGAGUGGUCAGUGUGAACAGGGCCUGGGGACUGUGCUCUAGGAGUGGUCAGUGUGAACAGGCCCUGGGGUCUGUGCUGGAGGACUGGACAGUGUGGCCAGGGUCUAGGUUCUGUCUUGGAGGAGUGGUCAGUGUGAACAGGCCCUGGGGACUGUGCUGGAGGAGUGGCAGUGUGAACAGGGCCUGGGGACUGUGCUGGAGGAGUGGUCAGUGUGGACAGGCCCUGGGGUCUGUGCUGGAGGAGUGGUCAGUUUGAACAGGCCCUGGGUACUGUGCUGGAGGAGUUGUCAGUUUGAACAGGCCCUGGGGUCUGUGCUGGAGGAGUGGUCAGUGUGAACAGGGCCUGGGGACUGUGCUGGAGGAGUGGUCAGUAUGAACACGGCCUGGGGACUGUGCUGGAGGAGUUGUCAGUGUGGACAGGCCCUGGGGACUGUGCUGGAGGAGUGGUCAGUAUGAACAGUGCCUGGGGACUGUGCUGGAGGAGUGGUCAGUGUGAACAGGGCCUGGGGACUGUGCUGGAGGAGUGGUCAGUGUGGACAGGCCCUGGGGACUGUGCUGGAGGAGUGGUCGGUAUGAACAGGGCCUGGGGACUGUGCUGGAGGAGUGGUCAGUGUGAACAGGCCCUGGGGACUGUGCUGGAGGAGUGGUCAGUGUGAACAGUGCCUGGGGACUGUGCUGGAGGAGUGGUCAGUGUGGACAGGCUCUGGGGACUGUGCUGGAGGAGUGGUCAGUGUGGACAGGCCCUGGGGACUGUGCUGGAGGAGUGGUCAGUGUGAACAGGCUCUGGGGACUGUGCUGGAGGAGUGGUCAGUAUGAACAGGGCCUGGGGACUGUCCUGGAUGAAUGGUCAAUGUGGCCAGGGCUUGGAGAGUGUCCGAGCAGAGUGAUCAGUGUGGCCAGAGCCUGGGGACGGUCCUAGAGGAGAUGCCAGUGUAAUACAUAGUUAAUGACUGUGUCCAAUUGUGUACAUCUUGGAAUCUUGCUAAGAGCUCACUAUAAACAUAUAGUGGAGUUGAAAGAUUUGAGCAAGCUGCCCUCCCCUCUUCUGCCAUUGGUGAAUCCUCAGUCUCUGGGUCAGAAAGGAUCUGAUGUGUUAUACCCUCUGACUCUGAGAGGGCUCUCAGUCAGUACACUUUGAGACUAUCACACUACUUCAUUUCUCCUGCAGUCACUGCUAAUGUGGAACACAUAUAAUGUGCAUGCGAUGUGUACAUUGCGUACAUGUCUGGACAUGGAGUCUGUGCUUGAGGCUCUGUUUCAUUGAUGAUCAAUAGGUCGCUACACUCUCAGGGGAUGAUGUGGAGGUGCCAGUGUUGGACUGGGGUGGACAGGGUCAAAAGUCACAUGACACCAGGUUACAGUCCAACACGUUUAUUUGAAAACACAAGCUUUCAGAGUGCAGCUCCUUCAUCAGGUGGGUACCAGAGGAUGAGGAGGCUUUGGAGACAGUACAGAACAGGUUUACCAGAAUAUUGGCGUGGUGUGGAGUGUAUUAGCUAUGAGGAAAUAUUGGACUGACUUGGUUUGUUUUCACUUGAAUGUCAAAGGAUGAGGGUGACAUGAGUGAAGUUUACAAAGUUAUGAGAGGCAUGAAUAAAAAGGAUAGUCGGAGUCUUUUUCCCGGAGUAGAAAUGUUAAUCACUAGGGGACAUUAAUUACUAGGAGAGUUGUGAGCGCAUGGAAUACUUUACCAGUGGUAGUUGUGGAAGCGGAGUCAUUAGUGACAUUUAAGCGACUGCUGGACAUGCACAUAGACAGCAGUGAAUUGAGGGGAAUGUAGGUUAGGUUAUUUUAUUUUUGGAUUAGGAUUAUUCCACGGCACAACAUCGUGGGCCGAAGGGCCUGUACUGUGCUGUACUUUUCUUUGACACAUAUGAGUGUGUGUGUGGUACUGUAAGUGUGUGCUUGUGUCAAUGAAUGAUGAUGUGUUAGAAUGAAAUUUAUUGAGGAAUUAUGUGAAUGUCUCGAUAACUUCAAUCAGGAUACUAUACUCAAGCUUUCCCUCACUCAGGGAUCUCUCUGUUUCCUCUUUGGAAUGACAUGCACCUCACUGGAGUCUGGUCAGCGGCAUUACUGCUGUUAACAGUCGCUGACACAAAACUGGAGCAGAUUGUAAGUGACAAGUUGACUUCAAUGUUGAACUCAGAUUAAACGUCCAAACAGCUUGGUGGGUGUGCUGGCCACGUCUGUGGGGUUUAUUCAUGCCCAGCUAAUGCCUGUCACUGUUUCUUACUGAAUCAAAUCUGUGGUUUAUUCACUGCAACAUGAACAGAUUUCUCAGGAGUGUUAUUGCUCUCUGGGUACAUGUACAGACAAUGGUAUCUGUGUACAUACAGGCAUAUACAGGCAAGUACAGCAUACAAUAUGAUACCAUUGUGUGACUGAUGUUAUUGGUGUAGAUAUGGGCAUUUUAUUAUGAGUACAGCAUCAUAUGGUAUAUAAGUACGUGCAUCCGAGAAUGAGAGUAUUGUAGAUAUCGGCAGCCAUUGGGCAGUGUUCUGUUACAGGUGUGGGAAUAGCAUGGGCAGUGUUAUUGGUGCAGGGCUGAGCAGCUCUGAAUCCAUCUAGAACAAUGACUCUGGCUCUCUGACAAAGUUUCCUGUACAGGUACUAGUCCAGCACUGUACUGGAGCUGUGCACCAAACAGAUUCCAGUUUAUGUCCCACCUGCACAAACAUAUUAUAUUCAUUUGCAAACAGUCAUUUUCAUCAAUUGUAAUGUUUCUUUAUCAUGUCAUUUUGGGGCUGGCUUCCCUCCCUAAAACUUCCAAGAAAGAUCCUCGAUCAUUGCAGCACAGAAUUUCCUCCUAUCCUGCUGAUUCUGUCACUGGGAAAAGACUCAGUCGAUGGACUUCAGAUGUGAGAAGUGUCUGACGUUAUUUGCAGCAUAAAAAGAGCUUCUGAACUGAACCAAUAGUCUCCCAUGUGGUCUGCUGCCUUCGCCACCACAAAUUAAACUACAAUUCCCCUUCCAUAGGGGGUAUUCUGGACAUAUCCCCCAGCCCGCCCCCUACACCCCCUCUGGAGUCAAUGAUAAUGAAUCAUGCUUUUAUUUCCCUCCAUAAGAAACAGUUGCUGUUAACAAUCGUGAAAAUGAAAAUUGCUCCUAAAUGGUGCCCAUGGACUUCUAUUAACCCUUCAAUUAUCCUAUUUCAAAGCUGCGUAACCUACUGCAGUCAUUAGGUACGGUGAAACACUAAAUCCUCUUACAAUUUAGAAUUUAGGUCCAUAUUACCAUGUUUAUACACCCUUUGCCAUAAAGGUACUUGUGUAUAAUAUGUAUAUUCUAAAUAUUUAUAUUGCCGGCUGUAAAUAUUAUUUGGAUGUUGCUCUGUGUUCAGUUUAUUUUCUCCGUGUGCUUGGACAGUGUUGACAGAUCCAUACCCAGCUUAAUAAAAAACAGCAGCUGUGCUCAGUUCCUGGGGAGAACCCA